AUGCAGGCGAUUAUCACCUCCGCAGGUUUCUCUGUUAACAAUGAGAAGGAGCCGCAGGGUCUGAAGUCAGCAGCAGCAGCAGCAGCAGCGCCCGUGCUGGAUUGGUCCACCAUGUACACACGAAAGCCAGCAGGUAAUCGUACCCUAUUUGAACUAGAAGCCAUGAUGGCGAAACGCAUGGAGUUACUAGCGUGGAUUGAUCAACUGCAAAACUCACCAAAUGGAAAAGGAUUUAAUUCCAUAUUAGAUGAGAUUGGAGCACGAUUACCACAGGAACGUCGAAAGUUUACCACUCACCACGCGGCCGGUCACGUCUUACUUGGAAGUGAUGAUCCCCCAACAGCGGCAGCCGAUGAUGCGAUGCGCGCACGUACACCACGACGAUCUUCCUCACGUACAGGAAGUUCUUCUGGAAAUGCAUUUAUUUUUGAAGUUGAUGAAGAUCUUCUUUCACAUCUUUUGGCUCGUUAUGCCUGUUGUAUGAGUGAAAAGUGGCGUAAAUGGUUUGUAAGAACUGAAGAGACACUUCUUCGGGCACGUUUAAAGUUACAGUUGGCGAAGUGUGAGUCGGAAUUUCUUCCUACGCUUAUGAAAGAAAAUGGACUUCCUUGUGAUCCACUCUCUGAGGAGCAGCGACAAGAUGUACGAUUGCAGGAAUAUGUGCAAUAUGAUUCCGCCUUACAAGGGAAAAAUCAGAUGCGAACUAUAGAUGAGUAUUUAUCAGUUCCGUUAACAUUAGCUACACGUCUUAUAAAAACUCGUAGUGUUCUUUGUCUUAAGGGAGAAGUGAUUUUACAUCGUGAUCAGGCACAAGAAGUAUUUUUAACAGUAUUUCGUUCUAAAUUAAACAAGGGAUUACAUGAAGCAUAUCUUGCACGAAUGAAAUCAACUUCCCGUGAAGAUGAAAAUGAAAAUGAAGAAGAAGAACGGGAAACUGUAAUGCGAAUGGUAGAUGCAUUUUUAGAUCUUUUUGUUUUAUCACCUGAAGAUGCUAUGCAAGAAGCGACAUCUGGUGCCAUUGGUGUAGGUGAUGUUCGUCGUCUUGCCCAAACGCAUUUCCCUUUAUGUAUGCGUCAAAUUGAUGAACAUUUACGUCGUGAAGGACAUUUAAAACAUCAUGGACGUUUUACAUAUGGAUUAUUUUUAAAAGCCAUUGGUCUUUCAUUAGAAGAUUCCAUGACUCUCUUUUCUUCUUUAAUGACACAAAAGGGUGGAGCUGGUGCUGGAGCUGGUGGAAAUACGGAAGCAUUUGCAAAAACAGCAUAUGGAUAUAAUAUUCGACACAAUUACGGAAUGGAAGGUAAAAAAGCUAAUUACAGUUCCGCAUCCUGUGCGACUCUUAUGGCGCUUCCUCCUGUAGUAGAUCGGUUUGACUGUCAUGGUUGUCCAUUUCGAUUUAAGGAUGAAGUUGCUUUUAGAUCUAUGCUGCAGAAGGAGCAGUAUAAUCCAUUAGGUAAAGAUUACCCCGCCGUUAGACCAACCACAAGUGAUAUUGAAGACAUUAUUCAAGACUGCAAAGGACAACAUUACACUCGUGCUUGUUAUAAAUAUUUUAUGUCUACACAUCCUGGAGCGAAACGUGAUACCUUAUUUCGAUCUCCAUAUGAAUACUACACCGUCAGCCGUGAGGUGAGUGAAAAGGGAGAAGAGGCCGCGGGCGGGCAAAUGACAACACCAAUGCGGCAAACAGCGGGCGGGGAUAACUUCAAACGAUCAAUGUUUACACCAAACCUGCGCGAAGAUGUUAUUCGGCAGCGAACAUCACCAUAG